GAAUAAUGACAGAUACAAAAAGACAUGACAGUUGCGUGCCGUUGGAAAGAGAAAGGAAUUCAUGUAAACACGGUGAGGAGGGAUGGUAAGAUCUAAUGGAUAGCAAAGAAAAGGAAGAAACAGGCGGCUAAAGACUCGGUGAGCAGCGAAAUCGUGGCAGUGAGUGCAUUGUUAGAGUAAAGCAAAGAAAUGAGGACGGGAGAGAGAUGAGAUAAAGUAAAAUAAAGGAGAAAAAAAAAUAACAUUUGUUAUUGUUGCCGUCAAGGUAACCGGAAUAACUGCAUUACAAACAAAUAAAUAGCGUAUACAAGAACAGAAAAGAUAAGGAAGAACAGAGGUAAAAACACCAUAUUAGCAACCGGACAAAUUUCAUUAUCCGUUAACUGUCAUGAAUACCCGGUUACUUAGGCCAGUGGUGUGGUGUGCGUGGCUGGCACUGUGGUGCGUGGCUGUAAGGGCGGACAAUAAGUUCACGGAGGAAUUGUUGCUGCGGCCACUCGCCUCAGGACACCUUCACUCCCACUUUGAGUUCACCACCACCUGGUCGUCGCCAGAGAUCAGCGAGGCCGUGCACAACUACCGGGAUUUUGAGUUUGCCCACUAUGAUCUGUUCCCUCGUGCCCUUGGGGAAGUGGUGGAGCGCUACCACGUGCGGGAAUUGCACCUCAGUCUGACACAAGGGCUGUGGCGGCAUCGUAAAUGGGGCUACCCUGUGGUGGACGCUCCCCCUGGUGCCCAGCUUUGGGUCUGGUUCAACCCCACCACAGAUGACUUGGAUCAGACGUGGAGGGAUCUAGUCAAUGCUCUCAGUGGUCUUAUUUGUGCCUCACUCAACUUCAUUGACUCCACCAACACUGUCUCCCCCGAGCUGAGUUACCGGCCACAGGGUGUGGCUGAUGACUGGUAUGCUGGUAACUCUUCCUACAUGCGGUAUGCUGCUCUGCCUCGAGAGAAUGUGUGCACAGAGAACCUCACUCCAUGGAAGAAGCUACUGCCUUGUGAUGCCCAGAGUGGGCUGGUGGCAUUGCUUCAUCCAGGGCCACUGUACACUGCCCAUUACCACAGCCUCUCCCUGCACCUCAGGCCAUCUUGUCAGGAUGCAGAGUGUCGCAAUGCCCAGCUGGAGCUGGUGCAGGCGCUGUCUUUGGUGCAGCUCCCUGACAGCUCAGCAGAAGGCUACCAAGACUGGUCACUGCACCACCUCUUCCUGGUGCCCCUCAUCUACUCCUGCCCACUGGCUAACAUCUCUAAGAUCUAUGUAGACAUUACAGAUAAUGAGGAGAUGAAAAAGUUCACCCUUGAACCAGCACCACACCAGGUGGAGGAGAGCGGCAAUGAGGCCAGCCACCGCCGCCUGGCAGUGUAUGACACCCACAUGGCACUGAAUGGUGAUCCCUUCAGCAUAGACGCUGUGUACUCUGACCACCACAUCUACGGCAUGGUCCCACCCAUCCUGCACGUGUCUCGCUUCAUCACAGGGUACGGUCAGGAGGGAGGAAGCAUUACUGUUAAGUUCACCAACACUGGGCCAGAGCCUCUCACACUGGUGUACCUGGAGGUGGUGCCCUGGUACCUGCGACUCUUCCUCCACACCUCCCACUCAGCCGAGCAGCUCGAGUCAAUGUAUGUGGCCAAGCUGGUGACAGCACGGGACAGGGAGCUGCCAUGGCUGUAUGAGGCGGUGCUGGAGGUGGGGCCAAGGACAACACGAGAAUUGAGUCUGGAAUUUAACCGUGCUCUCCUCAAGUGGCUGGAGUACCCCCCUGAUGCCAACCAUGGCUUUUACAUCCCUGCUGCCACUGUGUCCACCAUCCUUCCUUCACCACGCAAUGUCUCUGUCAACUCACUCAAUGAAUCAACACUGAAGGGGAAAUUGCUUGUGAGAGAUGGUGAAAGUUUUGUACGCAUCCACACGGAGACCCUCCUUGUGAGCCUCCCCACUCCAGACUUCUCCAUGCCCUACAAUGUGAUCUGUCUGGCCUGCACUGUGGUGGCUCUCGCUUUUGGUCCAAUCCACAACAUUACUACAAAGAAGUUAGUACUGAAGAAGUUGGAAGUUAAGGAAUCCCUCCUGACUCGUCUCAUCAACAAAGUCAAGGGGAAGUUCAGGAGGGACUCAAAGGUGGAGGAUGAAGGGGCAGAGAAGACACCUGCAGCCGAACCAGUGGUGGUGGAGGAGAACCCACUCUACGAGGACAGAGAAGAGCUGGAGGACAUCAUGGAGGAGGAAGAGGAGGAGGAGGAGGAGGAGGAAAAGGAAGAGAACAAGGGCAGCUGCAAACCUAGUGAUGACAGCAAAAAGGACAGAUGAAUGGUUGUAAGUAGAGUUAGAAGUGGGAGCAUUGUAAUGUAGAUUAUCAUCGGGUUCAUUUUGUUCAUUGUAUGUGACAGUCAUACUUUUCCUAUAUCAUUCUUUCCUUCAGAGAGAAUCAUGAAUAACCACUGUGAGUAAUGGGAUGUUUUGCAAUCAUGUAAUAUGUUUAUCAUUUGAAUUGUUGCACACAACACUGUACAUUAAGAGCUGAAGCACCUUUGAUUAGAAAUAAGUAGCUUUUAUAAGGUAGGAAUGGAAGUAGUAUUAGUCGUAGAAGUAUUAGCAGUUGUAGUAGAAGUAACAGGAGCAACAGUAACAGUAGUUGGUUCAUUAUUAUCUAACCCCGUGUAUGAAUGGGUGUCCACAGUUUUGCUUCUCUUUUCAGCCAGUAACAAUGGUCAUAAGUGGAGUGAUGCAGAACACAGUAAGACUUUCCAUGAGUAGGGCAAGAAAAACCUUAAAGCAAUUCUGAAUUACUGUGUGGCUUGAAAAAUGUUUUUUGGCAAUGUAUGAGAAAAAAAUCAAGUUCAGAUUCAAGCAGGCUGGAUGUGAGCCACCACUGCUUUCUUGCAGAAAACAGGCUUUGCUAUACUCUGUAUUUCCCUUUUGCUUGCUAACUGAACAUGUUUAGGGUAGCUUUACUUUAUUGAUAAGACUGACUCAGCUCAGGGAGAAUAUCAACAAGUUUUCAUCAAUUUCUGCUUUCUUUGGAACACCAAGUGGCUCCAGGCCAGGCUUGGAUAGUUAUGAAGUACUUACUGGUAAUCAAACAGACUUGCAAAGGUUAUAUGGUGGCAUUAUUAUGAUAAGGGUCAAAGAAUAUGAAAGUGAUAUUGAGUUUAAUCAGUGUAUAUACAUACAAGUAUUAUGUGACAACUCCCAGUUCAUUAUUCAGAGCAGUUUAGACCAGUUUUUAGUUUGCAGAGAAUGAUAUUUUUGUAGCAGCACUCAGAGAUGUCACACGUGUGGCACAAAGGAAGUGGAAUCAGGAGCCAUGGCUGCUUUCAUGUUACUGUAAUGAAGUUUCUGUCCUUGGUGGAAGAUUAUGAGGAUGGAAUGUAGGGCAGGACUGGUGGUCUUUCUUUUAUUAUCUUACAGCAAAAGUGCAAUCAGUGCUGGACUAAAAUGAAUUAUAAGGGGAAUAGGUCGUGAUACAGAACUUAUAUGAAAUAUAAUUAAUUAGCGACAUUGUAUUUUUAGUUGAGUUUUGAGUCCAUAAGGAACCACAUAAAUUUUUAGUGUCCCAGUCAUCCCAGCAUUUUCGAUCAUUAUUAGUGAAGUAGGCAUCUGGUGUUGUGUGGGUUGUGUGUCACCAGCUGUUAGUGGCCAAAAGUUGUUAAUGAUAAGUAAGUAGCAUAAGUAUUGUAUCAAUAAUUAUAUAAUGAAGAUAAGUCACAAUCGCCUUAAAGCUUGAUUGGUGAAGCACCGUCACUGGAGCAAGGAGCGAUGCCUGUCUGAUGCCAGCAUAACAUUUCCUGCAGUUGUAUAUUGUGUGUGUAUUCGUGAUUCCUUGAAGCAUUGAUUUUUUAUUGUUCACAUGUACAGUUUUAAAGUGUUGUGUGCAUCUGUGUUCUGAUAUUUUUAUGAAGAAUGUUUUCCAAAUCAACAUUAAAAUAUGACAUUCCAUUUUGUA